AUCAAGCGCGGAAUGUUAGAAAAACUGGUCGGGGAUGAACGGACGGCUCUGAUUUUCUAGAGAUGGGAAGCAUAAGAGAGCACGUACGGCUGAUCAUGACUGGCCACCAAAGUGUCCUUUUCUCCCCUUCUUCUCCGUUUCCUUCUCUCGCCGCCGCAUCUCACCUCCGACGAGCAACCGGAGCCAUGGCGUGCUCUCCUUCUGAUGCUACUGCACAGAAGAAGCGCGCCAUCCGAUCCGAGGUCCGUAAGGCUCUAAAGGCUUUCUCUCCUUCCCAGCGAUCCCAUGAAGAUUCUGUAAUUCAGAGUUUGGUUCUGGAUUCUUCAUGGUUUAAAUCUUGUAGAAGUUUAUGUGCUUAUAUAAGUUGUGAGGCCCUCCGAGAAGUUGAUACAUCAAGAAUUAUAUCAGAAACUUUAAACAAUGUGGACACUGUUUCAAGUCAGAACAAUGAUGCACAGGGGAAGAAGAAACUUUAUGUUCCACGAGUGGAGGAUAAGAAUAGCCACAUGAGAAUGUUCCAUAUUUCUAGUACUGAAGAUCUAGUAGCGAAUUCAAUGAAUAUCUUGGAGCCAAGUCCAACAGAUGCUGAUGGGAACCAACGUGAAGAUGUUAUGUUGGCAAACCGUCCGGUUGAUCUCUUUCUGUUGCCUGGGCUUGCCUUUGACAAAACUGGACGUAGGUUAGGCCGUGGAGGAGGAUACUAUGACGUAUUACUGAAGAAGUACCAUGAUCUUGCUAUGGAACAAAGCUGGGCGCAGCCUCUUCUUGUAGCACUUGCAUAUUCUGUUCAGAUCAUGGAGGAAAAUGUUAUUCCAAUCACUCCCAAUGAUAUGCCUGUGGAUGCUCUUGUUACUGCAUCUGGUGUUAUUCCAAUUACCCCUGCAGCUCUGGAGCGUAUGUAAUUUCUAUUAUGACCAUUUAUAAAUUGACAAAGAUUGUAGAAACGGCUGCUGUUGUUCUUCGACUGCAAUGAAUCCUUUACAUCUCUGUUUCCUCUUGCAUACAACAAUCAAAAUGAAUGGAAAAUAAUAUGGUUUUUCUCU